CACGGCUGGGGAUUGGAGCAGGAUGGGGAUAGAGCUGUGCGAGCCCAGCUACCUCUACAACCUCCUCAACCAGUACCGGCGCGUCUCCCGGCUGGCGGAGCCCAACUACCUCUGCCUGCUGGAUGCCCGCGGCCAGAGGGAGUACGACGAGAGCCACGUGGUGACAGCUCGCAGGAUCCUGCAGAGUCCCACAGGAGAGUAUCUGGUGCCAGAUUCAGAGGAGCUGAGGUGUGUCAGAUACUGUGUGGUGUAUGACUGUGAGAGCUGCUGUGGCUAUGAGGAAGAGGAGAAAGGAAAAGCUGCUGAGGAAGGAGCUGCCCUCCAGCAUGCCCAGGCCUUGGAGCGCUUCACUCGACACCCAGUGCUGGUCCUGAGGGGAGGAUACCAACGGUUCUCAGCCUCCUAUCCCUUCCUGAGGACUCAGAAGGUGCUGUGGAUGCCUCAGGAGCUAGCCAGCUUCCAGCCAUACCCUGCAGAGAUAUUGCCUGGGAAGCUCUAUCUGGGCAACUUCAAGCAGGCCUGUGACCAGCAGAUGCUAAAGGACCUGAAGAUCCAAGCCCAAGUCAGCAUCUCUGAACAGCCUGCAGCACUGUGUGCAGAAGGUGACAAACACCUCCAGGUGGCUGUUCCAGACUCCCUGGAAGCAGAUCUCUUCUCUUCCUUUGCCACCAUUUGUCACUUCAUAGAUGCUCAGCUGCCUCACAGAGCAGUGCUGCUCUUCUCCAGCCUGGGGCUCAGCCGCAGCAGCACUGCAGCCAUGGCCUACCUGAUGCACUCCUGCCACUUCUCCCUGAAGCGAGCCUGGAACCACGUCCUGAAAUGCAAGCCCAGUGUGAGACCUCCCCGGGGCUUUGUGGAGCAGCUCUCAGCCUGGGAGAGCCAAAUCUAUGGCACCAGGAUCACAGAUGUCUCUGAACCCCACUACUGACUGCCUGCAGAGCACCAGC